UCAAGAUCCCAUCAAAGAAUACGACGCUAACGGCACUUUUGCGGCGGUUCAAGUUCCUGCCUCUUGUGAACCAUGAAGGAAGGAUUAGCUUUAGUUUUAGUCGUUUUUUCACUGUCGGCUCUUGCCAAUGGCGGAAAGAAAUUCAAAGUGGAUGUUAAGGCAACGAAGGCGCAUGGACCAGGCCUUGAACCGGACAAGAUAGUGAUCCCCGUGCGUUAUUUCUUCAUUGAAGUUUACGAUACGAAAGGCAACAGGGUUACUAAGUCGGUAGGGAAUCCUUUUAAAGUUCUAGUUGAGGGUGAAACCUCAGAUGGAAGGAACUGUCGAGUUUGGACUCAAGUGCUUGAUCGCUAUGAUGGGUCAUAUAUUGUUAGGUAUCGCACAUACCAGACAUGUACAAAAACCAGCAUUCAUGUGCUCUACAACAGUCAGCACAUAGCAGAGUCACCUUACAAGAUAGCAGGUCCAGUGUAUGCUGAAGAUUGUUACUGCCCAAAUGGUGAUACAGUGGAAUGGAAGGAGACUGUAGGAUGUCCAGGCAACUAUUCACAGAUCGAGAGAGAUCUUUCACUCUUUCAGGAAGUAGACUUUGAUAACGUUCUAAAAGAAGCAGCAGUAAGAUUCAAUCAGGCUGGAUCUCGCAGUUUUUGUAACUACGUUGUUAAAGAUAACAAAAUCUACCGAAAGUGCUAUGGCCAGCAUGUGGGCUUCAAUAUGUUCAUGGAUAACAUGCUUCACUCCAUGGUGCGGAAGAUGGUGCUUCCUGAUAUUGAAUUCAUUGUUAAUCUUGGUGACUGGCCAUUAGUGGAUCCCAAAGUAAAGCCAUUGAUACCAAUAUUUUCAUGGUGUGCAUCAGAAGACACAGCAGACAUUGUGAUGCCAACUUAUGACAUCACAGAAGCAACAUUAGAGAUGAUGGGAAG